GGCGGAGCACCGUAGCCAUGCGCACUCGGGGAAUCCCGAGUUGUCCCGGGUGGUCGUAUCACUCCGUGCUGUUCUGGGGCCCGCCGCCUUCCCCGGCGCCGCGGGUAUUUACUUUUUAAUAAUUGAAACUCACAAAAGGAAAAAUGGAUGAAGAACCUGAAAAAACGAAACGCUGGGAAGGGGGCUAUGAAAGAACAUGGGAAAUUCUUAAAGAAGAUGAGUCUGGAUCACUUAAAGCUACCAUAGAAGACAUUCUCUUCAAGGCCAAGAGAAAAAGAGUAUUUGAGCACCAUGGACAAGUUCGACUUGGAAUGAUGAGACACCUUUAUGUAGUUGUAGAUGGAUCAAGAACUAUGGAAGACCAAGACUUAAAGCCUAAUAGACUGACAUGCACUUUAAAGUUAUUAGAAUACUUUGUAGAGGAAUAUUUUGAUCAGAAUCCUAUUAGUCAGAUUGGGAUAAUCGUAACUAAGAGUAAGAGAGCUGAAAAGCUGACAGAACUCUCAGGAAAUCCAAGGAAGCAUAUAGCCUCUCUCAAGAAAGCGGUAGAUAUGACCUGCCAUGGAGAGCCAUCUCUCUACAAUUCCUUAAACUUGGCCAUGCAGACACUAAAACAUAUGCCAGGGCACACAAGUAGAGAAGUCCUGAUCAUCUUUAGCAGUCUUACCACCUGUGAUCCAUCUAACAUCUAUGAUCUAAUCAAGAGUUUAAAGGCAGCUAAAAUUAGAGUGUCUGUUAUCGGCUUGUCUGCAGAAGUUCGAGUUUGCACUGUACUUGCUCGUGAAACUGGUGGAACAUACCAUGUUAUUUUAGAUGAAAGUCAUUAUAAAGAACUCCUAACACAUCAUGUUAGUCCUCCACCUGCCAGUUCAAGUUCUGAAUGCUCUCUUAUUCGUAUGGGUUUUCCCCAGCACACCAUUGCCUCUUUGUCUGAUCAGGAUGCUAAACCUUCUUUCAGCAUGGCGCAUUUGGAUAGCAGUACUGAGCCGGGCCUUACUUUAGGAGGGUACUUCUGUCCGCAGUGCCGGGCAAAGUACUCUGAACUUCCAGUUGAAUGCAAAAUCUGUGGUUUAACAUUGGUAUCUGCUCCCCAUCUGGCACGGUCUUAUCAUCAUCUGUUUCCUUUGGAGGCUUUUCAAGAAGUUUCCUUGGAAGAAUAUAAUGGAGAGGGAUUUUGUCAGGGAUGCCUAGGGGAAUUAAAAGACCAACAUGUUUAUAUUUGCACUGUGUGCCAAAAUGUAUUCUGUGUGGACUGUGACUUGUUCAUUCACGAUUCUCUGCAUUGCUGUCCUGGUUGUAUUCAUAAGAAUCCAGCUCCUUCUGGUGUGUGACAUCAUCCUUUCCUACCUACAUAUUCUAUUUCUGCAUAAAAAGAAAACUACAACCUAUUAUAGGGUGACUUGAGAAGUAGCUCUGAGGUGGAUUGUAGUAAAAUGUGAAGAACAAUUUGAAAAUAAACGUAAUAGUUUUUUUAAUAAAAUGUUUUGUGUUCAGAAA